AGCUCUGACCCAAGCCAGUCCCGUGCAGUAUACUUCCCAGCAGAGCUCCGCGGCGACAGCGCGUGCACCUGCCUCCUUGUCGGGAGCGACGCGCCCGGGCAGCCCCACGAUUGCCGACCAUGAACGGCGCCGGGAAGAUCCACCCGUCCUUCACCCAGCGCGCCCCGAGCCAGCACCCACCGCCUCCCCCAGCCAGCUGGUCGAUGAGGCAGCCGACGCGCGGCGCCGAAGAGCUGCGCCUCCGCCAGGGCGUGGGCCCCGACCUGCCGCCCGAGCCCACUCCGCAGCGCGCACUGGAGCCGGAGGCGGAGCCACAGCUGCCAAGGCCCAGCGCCUUCUGCCACUGGUGCGGUGCGCGGGUGGCCGCCCCGCUGGCCGCCCCCCGCUUCUGCGCCAGCUGCGGCGGCGGGCUCCGCGACCACGGUGCCCCCGCCGUGCUGCUGCGCUCCGCCGCGGCCGCCCGCAGCGCGCCGCCUGGGGCCUGGCAGUGCGGCCCCAGGCCGCCCGCCGCCACGGGCGCCCGCGGGCCCGGCGCGUGCUGGGCCGCGCCAGGCGCCCCGCCAGCGCCGCCCCCGCCGGGCGUCCCCGCGUGCCCAGGGCGGCCGGCCGCGGCCCUGCCCGCGCCCAGCCCGCUGGUGGAGCCUGGCCGCCCGGGGACCGGCGCGUUGCCGGGCUCGUGGUGCGCCCCGCGCGCGGCGGAGCCUGAGGCGGCCGCCCUGCACGCGGCGCUCCCCAGCGAGGGCUCCGCCCUGCAUGCGCAGGGCCGCUGCAAGCCGUGCGCCUUCGUGGACACCACGGGCUGCGAGAAUGGAUCGCGGUGCAAGUUCUGCCACAUCUGCGACGAGGACGACAGGCGCAGGCGCAGGGCCGCAAAGCGCAGCGUGGCGCAGGCAGUGAAGCGGCGCCAAGUGGCAAAAGGUCGCCGCUCAUCCCCGAUGGCCCAGAGGGCAGCUUGCCUGCGCUGCGACGUGGACAAGCAGUGCGAGGGCGCCGGGCGGCACGUCUCCAGGGUCGCGGAUGCGUCCGAGGCGACCAUCCGAUGCCAGCCCAGGAUGACACGUUGCCCCAACCUGGGCGCGCACGAGCCAGUUCGCACAGGGGGGCCAGGACCAGCAGUGCCGUCCCCGCCCAGCUUCACCGAGGAGCUGUCCUCGGAGCAGCGCUGGGCGCUGACGGUCAAGCCGAAGGCCUGCCUGCCCGACGACGUGGACGAGCUGCGCGAGGGCGCCGAGCCGCACCCUCGCGCCGCCGUGGAGGCGCCCGACGAGGGCCCCGCGCAGGCGAAGAUCCCGUCCGGCUUGGGCGCAUGCGGCACCCUCUGGAGAGGGGCGCUGGGCGCAGCAGUGCCCCUGCCGACGAGGCUGAUCGGGGACCUGUCGGCGGAGCAGCGGCGGGCACUGGGCGUCAGGUUGGAGCAUGGCCCGCUCGACGAGGACGACGACAACGACGGUUACGAGCUGCAGCAGGGCGCCUGGAUCUCGCUGUAG